GAAAUAUGAAGACUUGUUCCCCCAAAAGAAAUAAUGAAAAGGAAAGAAAAGAAAAGAAAAGAUUCUCAAGCAUGGCGUACGCCUUUCAAGUCAGGGAUAAAUGGCAUUGGAGUAGCGGGAUUAUGGUGGAAGUGGGAAGGCGCUGCAUUAGCGAGCAUCGCUUUGUUCAGGCAAGAUACUCCGUUGAUUUUCAGGGGUAUCCUACCAUCUCCAUGCAGAUCCUUCGAUGGCCGCGCGCGGGGUACCCCGUCGCAUACUCAUGCCUUGUAAGUCAACGGAGGGAGAUGUUUUGUGAGUUUAUACCGAGUAUAUGAUGCUCUCUUUCAUGCGCAGAUGUAACAUCCUGGGAACUCUAACAGAUUAAAACAGGCUUAGCAAGGAUUAUAGACAGCAAGAAAGACAAGCUUUUCCCCUCAUAUCUUGGUCGGAAAACAUCCAUGUUGAAUGUUUCUUAUCUCUGGGCGAACGGACGAGACAUGUUCUUUUGAACUGUUCGAUCAGCUGUACCUCCAUUUCCUGUCUAUCGCUCUUUUUCGUGUAUAAAAAGAGCUCUCUCCACACAAGAUUCACCCCCAAAUUUGGCUGGAGCCUGACAUUCUGCUAUGUUCCAGGCGACUGAUACCUGCUUAUCCGGCAGAACUUUGCGAGCAUUGCUCAAGAAGCAUAUACGUAUACAAACGUUCAUGCUGCGUCUUCUAUCAAUAGGCAUACCCCAGACCAAGUUUUGACCAUGUCCCGGCCGCUUCUAUGCGAGUACCUUAGAAUGCUUCAGGGAGAUACCCGCGGGAAUACGGUUGCCGUAUUCCCUAUAUCAUGGCAUAUAAAUACCUAAAUCUUCACUCCAGAGAACUUUGUCCCUUCUUCUCUUUUGUUUUCUGCAAAAUCUUUUCCGUUCAUCUCAUAACCCUAGCUCAGGGUGUCUACAAAGAUGCGUCUUCUCAAGUUUGUGUGCCUGUUGGCAUCAGUCGCCGCCGCAAAGCCCACUCCAGGGGCGUCACACAAGGUCAUUGAACAUCUUGACUUUGUCCCGGAAGGAUGGCAGAUGGUUGGUGCCGCGGACCCUGCUGCUGUCAUUGAUUUUUGGCUUGCCAUCGAGCGUGAAAACCCAGAAAAGCUCUACGACACCAUCUAUGACGUCUCCACCCCUGGACGUGCACAAUAUGGCAAUCAUUUAAAGCGCGAAGAAUUGGAUGACUUACUACGCCCAAGGGCAGAGACGAGCGAGAGCAUUAUCAGCUGGCUCACCAACGGCGGAGUCAACCCACAACAUAUUCGGGAUGAAGGGGACUGGGUCAGAUUCUCCACCAACGUCAAGACUGCUGAAAAGUUGAUGAAUACCCGAUUCAACGUCUUCAAGGACAACCUAAAUUCCGUGUCAAAAAUUCGAACUUUGGAGUAUUCCGUCCCUGUAGCUAUAUCAGCUCAUGUCCAAAUGAUCCAGCCAACUACCUUAUUUGGAAGACAAAAGCCACAAAACAGUUUGAUUCUAAACCCCUUGACCAAGGAUCUAGAAUCCAUGUCUGUUGAAGAAUUUGCUGCUUCCCAAUGCAGGUCCUUAGUGACUACUGCCUGUCUUCGAGAAUUGUACGGACUUGGUGACCGUGUCACUCAGGCUAGGGACGACAACCGAAUUGGAGUAUCUGGCUUUUUGGAGGAGUAUGCCCAAUACCGCGAUCUUGACCUCUUCCUCUCUCGCUUUGAGCCAUCCGCCAAAGGAUUUAAUUUCAGUGAAGGUCUUAUUGCCGGAGGAAAGAACACCCAGGGGGGGCCUGGAAGCUCAACUGAGGCCAACCUUGAUAUGCAAUAUGUCGUUGGUCUGUCCCACAAGGCAAAGGUCACUUAUUACUCCACCGCUGGCCGUGGCCCAUUAAUUCCCGAUUUAUCUCAGCCAAGCCAAGCUUCAAACAACAACGAACCAUACCUUGAACAGCUGCGCUAUCUCGUAAAGCUCCCCAAGAACCAGCUUCCAUCUGUAUUGACCACUUCCUAUGGAGACACAGAACAGAGCUUGCCCGCCAGCUAUACCAAAGCCACUUGCGACCUCUUUGCUCAGUUAGGAACUAUGGGUGUGUCUGUUAUCUUCAGCAGUGGUGAUACUGGGCCCGGAAGCUCAUGUCAGACCAAUGAUGGCAAGAACGCAACUCGCUUCAACCCUAUCUACCCAGCUUCUUGCCCGUUUGUGACCUCCAUCGGUGGAACCGUUGGUACCGGGCCUGAGCGUGCAGUUUCAUUCUCCUCUGGAGGCUUUUCAGACAGGUUCCCCCGCCCACAAUACCAGGAUAACGCUGUUAAAGACUACCUGAAAAUUUUGGGCAACCAGUGGAGCGGAUUGUUUGACCCCAACGGCCGUGCUUUCCCAGAUAUCGCAGCUCAGGGAUCAAAUUAUGCUGUCUAUGACAAGGGAAGGAUGACUGGAGUCUCUGGCACCAGUGCAUCUGCCCCUGCCAUGGCAGCCAUCAUUGCCCAGCUUAACGAUUUCCGACUGGCAAAGGGCUCACCCGUGCUCGGAUUCUUGAACCCAUGGAUAUAUUCCAAGGGUUUCUCUGGCUUUACGGAUAUUGUUGAUGGCGGUUCCAGGGGUUGCACUGGUUACGAUAUAUACAGCGGCUUGAAGGCGAAGAAAGUUCCCUAUGCCAGCUGGAACGCAACUAAGGGAUGGGACCCAGUAACGGGCUUUGGUACUCCCAACUUCCAAGCUCUCACUAAAGUGCUGCCCUAA